AACUUUUAUUAUAUUUAUACUUUUUAUAUUAUAUGUUUAUAUUUUAUAUUUACAAGAAAUACGAAAUCAAUUCAUUGAUGAAAGAAUAUGCCAAAUGGAACCCAAAAACGAAAAUGUAGACGCGGACACAAGUAGUGAUAAAGUUCUGGACUAUUAUCGAAAAUAUUCCCAAAAUAAAAAUUUACCCAAAUAUUUUUCUGGCACGUCUGUUUCCUACAUACCGGAAAUCGUGCCCAAAGAACAAGAUGCGCCUGAGACAAGUCAAGCAGAUGAUAAAGCAACAGAACAAUGUGAAGUUGAUGAACAAGACAAAAACAUUUCCAGAGCAAGUAGUGCAAUGUCUAUGAAAAAAUUAGAGUGGGACAAUGGCGCUGACAUUGGUUACAAAAACGCUCAGGAAUCAGUUCACAGAAGUCACUCCUUGCCUGAUAUCAAAAUAACUGACACAGACAACAGCAAAGAACUUCCAAAUGUACAAGUCGUAGUAAUCAAUUAUGAUGAUGAGAAUGACUCAGAUGUGCCUAUACAAAUUAAUAUUGAAAGUUCAAGUUCUGACACAACUCCUCAAGACAGCCCCAAACCUAGUGUCCAGUCCAGUUCUACAUCACAAUGUGGUAACAAGCCCAGCUAUAAUUCCAGCACUACUUCCAGUGAACCUGCCAAUUUAUCAAAACCAAAUUCAGAGAGAAGCACAUCAAGUGAUCAAAUUAAAGCUUUUGCUUCAGAUUUGUCUUACUUAAAGGGUAAAAUAGGUUUGCCUGAUGCUCACUCAACACCAGUUUAUCCUGAUGAACCAAAGAUUCAGCCAGAGAUAAAACCCACACCAGCCAGACGAGAUGUUACAAAGAAAAAAACAAGGAAAUUAAGUGAACACAUUGGAGAAGAGCAACAAGCAAAUCCCAACCCACCCCCAAGUGACAAAACAGGUGUAACAAAAAAAGUGUUAGAGGACAGAGUUGUAAGUUUAUCAAUUACCAAGCCUAUUGUUAUUAAUUGUGAAUCAAAAUCAAGCAAAAUUCAACAUAAGAAAGUGCAAGCUGUUACAAAGACUUUCACAACUGGUAUACAAACUGAUUCAUUAUCUAAACAAGGAAAGGUUAUUUUGAUUAGUAGUAGAUCUGGGAGCCCUAAGAAUCAAGAUGUGAUUGAAUUAAUUCAAAACAGUAGUGAUAAAACUAAAUCAUCAAACAUAACAGAUUCUGAAGUAAUAGUUUCCAAUUGUGACAGUUUUGAAUAUCUUAAAGCAAACCAGAAACAAUAUACACAAGCUGUAGCUCAACCUCAUGUAGAUGCCAGUGUUUAUAUGACUCCAAAAAUUUCAAUGCCAAAAGAAAACAUUGUGAAAGAUGAUAAUAAACUAAAAAGACAUGAAACAAAACCGGAUCUCAGUAAUUGCAAGGCAGAGACUGAUUCCCACAGAGAAUCAUUACAAGAAUGCCCUUUAGGUAAGGCAAUUUCCGCCAGUAUUGUAGACGUAAACCUUCAAAAAAACUUUGAUUUGUUACAAAGACUUGUCAAGUCCAAGAAAUAUGAUGCAGCCACCAAAAGACAUUAUGUUAAAAAAAUAAUGAACAAAAUAAUUGAGCUGAAUUGCCUUGAUGAAAGUGGCAGUACCAGUUCUGAACUGUUCAAACCCAAAAAGGGCGCCGAGCAAAUUGUCCCACCCGCCCCAAAAUUGCAGUCCAGCACGGAAAGUUCCGAUCCGAAAGUGCAAAGAAGCAGUUUACAAAACAAUGUUCCGUGGUUUCCUGCACAACCAAGCAAAAAACUGUCCCCCAGAAAAAAACAUAUGGAAAUACGGACGUUCAAUCAAGAAAUACCUCCAUGUUCAGCAAGCAGUGGCAAGGAAAAGAAUUCGUCGUCAAAAGAUGAUUCCUGCAGCCAGCCAGAAAUAAUACCGAUACAUGAGCAGCGCAAAAAGCACAACCGUUUCACCUUAACCAACAAUGAGCUGUACAUCAAUCACGAUUCCCUAAUUCCGGAAAACAGUCAAGGAGAGUCACCCUCAGACGUUGCCUUGAAAACGCCUCUGAGUGAUUCAGGCGAAGUAGACGAAGGGAAAUUGCAAUCGUCGUCCGAAAAAUUUUACAACAAUUGGCGGGAGGACAAAACUACUUCCGAAAAACUGAUGGAGCACAGAUUACGACAGUCGAACGGCGAUUAUCUGAAUACGUUCGCCAAAGUGGAGCGACAGAAUCAAUUAAGAUGGAUCAGCAAUGAGAUUUGCCAUUUGAAGAAGCUUAAGUAUUUAUUAGAGGCGCCCAAGGAUAAAACGGAGAAAAUUUUACCAAUUAAACAGACUCACGUGUAUUCCUUGCAGAAAGCAAAUGAACCUGGCAAAAGGAAAUAUGUUAUUGAAACUGACUUCAGAUCAGUAGGAAUCGCUGACAUUGAUUUUGAACUUGAUGGACAAGUUUAUUCAGUUGAAAAUGGCAAUGGAGGAGAUUCAAAUGGAAACAGGCUUAGAGGUAAUAUUGAAGUAACAUCCGAUCGUAGCACGACAAAUAUCCGUGUGAGUACCCGCUGCAAAGUCUGCAAACAAAAAUGCUGUUUGUGUGAUAAACCUCGCUACAAAACUAAAGGUUGCGGUUCGUGCUCGUGCGUCAACUGCGGCAAAUCUCCAUGCGUCUGUAUCGAUCUCACCGGUCUCAAAUCUCCUGAUGAGGGCGUAAAAUGGUCGGCUACUGCCCAGCCACCUUUUGGAGGGUCUGCUACUGCGCAACCUCAAUUUGGGGGCUCACCUACUGCGCAGCCAUCCUCUGCAAUAUCACCCAGUAUGCAGGUAAUUUAUGGAGGUUCUUCUCAGCCACGUCUUCGAGCAUCUUCCACUAUGCAUCCACAUUUCGGAGGAUCUGGUACUGUACAGCCAUCAUCUGGUGGAUUGCCUAGUACGCAGGUACUUUUAGGGGAAUCGGCUACAGCGCAGCCACCUUUUGGUGGAUCUUCUACUGCACAGCCACCUUUUGAGGGAUCAGCUACUUCACAAGCAAGUCUUGGAAAAUCAGUUACUGCGCAGCCACUUUAUGAAGGCUCGGCUACUGCGCAGCCCCCUUUCGGAAGAUCGGCUACUACGCAGCCGUCUUUUGCAGGGCCAUCAUCGUCAAGUAAAAUACGCACGUCGGAUCAAAAGAAUCUGGAUCAGGAUGAAAUGUUGUGCGAGAUGUGCGGGGAGUUUACUACUUGUGUCAACUGCAGCUGUGUCAAUAGUGAGGAGUCGGUUGAAACCGACAAUGGGUUAGGAUUCGCCAGUGCUGCAGAGGGAUCGUCUCCAGCUUCACUGGAUAGAAUAGACAGAUUAGUACAAGCAUCGUCCGAUGUCAGCUCAAAGAGAACGCAGACUGUUCCAUAUCGAAAGUAUGAUGAUUCACGAACUGAAUUUACCCAAACUGACGGAAAAAUUCAUGCACCCAGCAAAGUCAUGUGUACCCAGACCAGUGUACGUCAGUCGUCCACCGAAUGGAAGAAAAAACUGGAAUCAAAAUCUGAAGUAAAGAGUGUAAACAAUUUACUAUAUCCGAUAGAUUCCUAUCCGGAAAUGCUUGAAGCCAAUUCCGAUGACCGAGAUGUGACGGCAAACACUGGCAACGACGUUUCUGACACACUAAAGACGUCGACAUCAUCAGCGUGUGCAUGUUGCAAGCGCAACAUCCACGAGCGUAACUUCACCAACAGACGAAGCUCCCUGUCGCUUUGCGCACAGUGUUUCAAGUAUCAUCCGUGCGGCUUUAUGGCCGGCGAGGAGCACAGGUGCAGGUGUUUCUUCGCUGUGAAAACGGAGAUGCUCAGACAGCUGGAGAAAACAAUCGACGACAUGACUUGGUGCAAGUGCAGAAAGCCGGACUCGAACGACUUUUCGGAGCACUGCAACUACUGUCAGAAAAAGCUGCGCAAAACGACGAAAACUAAAAACGGCAUUGCGUACAGCGUACGGUUGGAGGACGGCACGCCUCCCAAAGAAAAUCGAGACAGGUCACGGAGUACGGUUAAUGCGAGGAUGCAGGAGAUCAAGAUUAAGGCUGACGGCAGCCCCGCCUCAGAGAAAAUAGUUAAGGACAGGGUGAACAAGAACAGGAAGGACGUUGAGGAAAGCGAUGUCGCCACCGAUGACACGAACGGUAGUAAAACUGCGUAUUACACACUUCAGGAAUACCUCCAGCUAAACCGCCCCGAUUUUAUUGACGCGGCCGAUUCGAGACGUCAGGUUCUAUUGAACAAUCGGACCGAAAGGGAAAAACACACGGAGGAAAUGAAGCUGCGAUUCUUGACGGAGAAUCGUAUUCCAAUAAAGAAAAACAGGUUGUUCACAGCGAAAGAGAUGAAGGAAAUUACCAAAAGACAUUACCAAAAAUUACCGGAAGUACAAAAUAAAUUGUCAAAUCAAAGACGACAGCGACUGAAUCUCGCCACUAGAUUAAUAACUGAUACCUUUAACAAGAAGAUUCAAAGAAAUACCUUGAGGGGCAGGCGAGAUUUUCCGUUGGACGUGAACAUUGUUAACUUAUUGUAAGUGAGCCAGAUCUUCCGAUUUACGAUUAAAUGAUGUAUCGUUUGUCUAAUUGCGAUUAAUAGUUUUUGUAAUUUACAUAUUUUUAUAUAAGAAAAUUUUUUAAUAUUAAUUUUAAUAAAUUUAUAAAAAAAAUCAAUAAAAUUAUUAUUAUAUAUUGGAUCGAU